GAGCAGUUUCUUCUUCCACUGAAAAUAAGAAGACUGAAGAAAAAUCUAAUCCUCCAACAUUUGUACUUCCAACAACCAACACUUCCAAAAGAGAGGAAAGACCAUCCCAAAAACCAGCCACAAUCGAAACCCCAGUAAUAGCACCUGACACAAACAAACAGACCCCACAAUUGGAUCUUUCUGCUUUCAAACAACCGGAACCUAAACCAAUUGACAAUGCUCAACCAACAGUAAAGCUAGGAACAGAAACCAAAUCAACAGGUCCUACUGCUACGUUAAACAUUCCAAGUGUUGGAUCACAUCAAGAUAAUGUAAAUAAGGAAAAUGAAUCAGAUUCCAAUCCGUUUGCAUCUAUCAUAAUUCCUUCCAGUUCAUCAUCAUCCACAGAUAAUCCACCUGCUACUGAGACAACCAAUCCAUUUGCAAAUCUCAAAGUUGCAACUCCAACAGAACAGAAAAAGAAUGUCUUUAAUCCAUUUGCUAAUACAACCAGCUCAAGCAUGUUUGGAACACCAUCUUCAAGAAAUACCUUCAACAAAACAACACCAUCAAAACCUGCUGAUUCAGUUUCAGAUUUUGCAAAGAUGGAUCCCUCAAUCUUCCAACGAGAAGCUCUUUCAUUUGGAUAUCAAAAAUAA